CGAAUGUUCAAGACGAACGUGUAAACGUUUGUGUAAAAUUAAAGAUUUUAUAAGAUUAACGCUCAUUUCGAUGAGAACGAGCCGUAAAUCAAACUUUUACCACACACUUUACCUUAUUUCUUUGCAUUUUUUUCAAACAGGUGUGAACGUGAUAGGCAGUGGGAUUUAAAUUCAUCGUGCAAAUCAAUCUUUCAUUGGGAAUGACUUAUAAACGUAAAAAAUAUCACAGGGGGGACACACAUCUAAAAAAGGGUUGGCGAACUAAAAGAAGAACGAAAGAUUUGGACGAGAUCGAUGAAGAUUUGAAUGACAAAAAUGUAGAGAGGCUAUUAAAUCAGAAAGUAGACUUGGAUAAACCUGGGGCAGGUCAAUACUACUGUAUUCAUUGCGCGAGAUACUUUAUAAAUGAUAUCGCUUUAAACGAUCAUUUUACGACAAAAGUUCAUAAACGAAGACUGAAAGCGCUUGAGCUGGAACCGUAUUCCAUCGAGGAAUCGGAGAGGGCAGCUGGCAAAGGAAGUUAUAUCGCUCCACAAAAGAGAAAAAUUGAGACGAUAAGUCGUGACAGUUGCAAAAUGGACGUUGAGUCGGACAUUCCGCCAAAAACUAAAAUAGCAAAAGUGGAUGCAUAG